UCCCAGAGGCGUAUAUUUACUUCCUACUCUCUGUACAUGAAUCCAAACGGCGUAUGCAACAUGAGUGCGUCGAAAGACUUUGAAAAAUGCAACGAUCUUGGUGGCAUGGUUGAGCUAAUGCAGUCUCUAGGUAUUUCGCUAAUAGGGCUGCAGACAUUGGACCAGAUGAAAGAGAGGGUGAAAAAGGCACUCAGAAUAUCAGAGGAGGUCUUCUCAGUGUUGAAAGAGACCAGGGAAGAAAUCAAGAGAAGACAAAGAAACUUGCUAGAACUAUUCGAGAGCAUAGACGCCUGUCUAAAUGAGUUGAGUGACAAGGACUACGCACUUCUGGAGCUGGGAGUCAAAAAUCUCAAGAACCAAAUGGCCCACCACAAACAGAGACUAGAGAGAACAGAAUACGCCGUGCUCGUUGCAGGUGAAAGAGAUUCGAAAAAGAGCACGUUGUUAAGUCUGAUUCUUGGAGAACAACUACUCCCUGACUCCUUUCUGGGCACCUCUUCCAUCAUCUGCGAACUAAGAUAUGGAACAACCCACAAGCUUGUCGCGCACUUUAAAGAAGCAGAUCCCGAGACAGGGCUUCACUCAAAGACUAUCCAACGUGAAGAGAUGGCUGAGAAUUCUCAACAAAUCUUUCUUCAACAAAUCUCCUCGUUUUUCCCAAAUCAAGAUCGGUAAGGUUGUGAUAAGGUUGAGAUCUUUUGGCCAAACAACCUGCUGAAGGAGGGAAUCGUUAUAGUUGACGGCCCAUCAAUUGGUAAAUCACCCAUCGAGGACGAAAAACUAAAGGUGUACCUUUCUGAGGCUUUCGCAGUUAUCUGCGUCAUUAACAGUUUAGCACAGCAA